AAGAAUGACGGCAGACCACACAGUGCUUCUCGUCCCCGAGAUGUAAACAAAACACAGAAAGCAAAACCUCAGGUUAAGAAUGCAAAGUCACGCAACUCGAAUGAAAACAGAAACCCAAACAUCGAAAGAAAUUCACAGGUAUAUAUUAUUCCUGGAAUAUGAUGUUGACUCGAGGGUAUUGCACUACGUCUGUUUCCUUUUGCAGCAACACUGCACCAAUAAGAGUUUUUUCCCCUUAAAUGGUUGUUAAAGUGGUUGGAAGUUUAAGAGGGCCCGACACAAAUCCUCACCUGGCUGCAUGUAAAAAAACAAAAUUGCGGCUUCUCAUCUGAUUGGUCUGUCAGACAAGGAAAUUGUCAUAUGCCUUUUUGAUUAGUUAACGGUACUAGGAUUCACGAUGCACAAACGUUAACACAUGAUUAAAAUUUUAGCAAUUAUAUUUUAACUUCCAGGACAAAACUGUGAAUGAAGGACGACAGCAGAAUAUGAAUAAACGUGACCCCGUUGAGCUUGAUGUUCAGUCGAUGAGCGGAUCUCUUUUCGACGAAACGCCACUUGGUAUCGAUAUAGCAGAAACGUCAAAGGCAGAAUCUGGAAAUGCAUCUAUGGUCAAGAUCAAAACUGAGGAUUGUAAUAGACGACAGCCCGAUAGUGACAGGCGACAACGAGAUGAUAGACGACAGCAGGAUGAUAGCCAACAGUCUAACACAGAAAAACAUCAUCGAGAUGGAGACAGGCGGAAUGUUGAAAGAUAA